AUGGAUGCACAACUAAUGGGUCAAGCAGGUAGAGAAACGCAGACCAAUCUCGGUUUCGAUUGUCCAUUCUUUGGAUUUCGAUUUAACUAUACUUUUGUCUAUCCAAUGGGUAUGAUUUCAUUUGAACCACCACCAUUCACUACACCUCCGUGGACGUUUCCAAAUCCUACGUGGCCGAAGCAAAGAGAUCAUGCUUUCAUUGCACCGUUCUACGCCGAUGCUAUGUAUCAGUGGAUUGGCAACACGAAGAUCAGCAACACGUUCUAUCGUAGUGUUCAUCGACCACGACUCGAUGACGACGAAGUGUACAAUAUUAAUCCGCUGACCAACAGCGGUUUUAAUCAAAAUCAGAACCUUUAUGGUCAGCAACGGCCUCAAGCGACCCGUACUCAGUACGGACAGUCGCCGAACAUUAAUCCAUUGUAUGGUCAACAACAACAAGAACAAUAUGGUCAGAGUUCUAUUUAUGGACAACAGUACAAUUACCAGCAAAUUCGUAAAAAGCGACAAAUGCCCGGACGAAUGAGUCAGCCUGGAAUGGUAGUCGAUCCUCUACUUCUCGAUAAGAUCACACAAGACGUACAGGACGGAUAUACUGGAGCUAAUGGGUGGCGAGCAGAGCACGCGUUCAUAGUCACGUGGUACAGGAUGGCGUAUGGUGGUGCUCCAAGAGCGCUUGAUGUUUCGCAGUUCGAACACGUGAAGGAUUGGCAGAACACCUUUCAACUAGUAGUAGCCAGCGACGAAAUUAGGACUUUUGCGAUUUUCAACUACGCCCGACUGAAUUGGACUACUAGCAACGAGGCUGGUGGGCUCAACGGAUUUGGAGGAAAGCAGGCCGCCGUUGCAGGCUUCAACGGUGGGAACGGUACCGGCUGGUACCAAUUACCGUAUUCCGGACAUGGACGUGUAUGGAAACUCGGUUAUUUUUCGAAUGUGCUCACACCGGGAAGAUGGAUACAUCGUAUCGAUGAAGUGAUUAUACCGGCCGGGUGCACAAAUGCUUCCACUGGUACCAUGAUCACUGCACCGCCAUGGGGUGUCAUGCAAGGCGGCAUGGCCAUCAACGUAUCUGGUCCAUGUCUCCGACCUAACGACAAUGUUAAGUUUAGUGCUUGGUACUUGGUGAAUUUUGAGAAUUGGCAAACCGACUGCAAACGUUUGAAUCGAGUACGAGCUCGUUGUGUAAUGCCGAUGUUUCACAGGAUUGGUCUCGUACCAAUUCGUAUGAGUCGUGAUGGUGGACAAAGUUUUCCGUUUUACGGCAAGUUCUAUGUCGGUGAGUACCAACCGUUUGCCGAAGCACUAACAAUGAAUUGGCAAGCGCUAAACUUAACGUACAACUACGGAGCCAGGGUGGAUAUUAGUCUCUUCGGUUAUUGGGAAGAUGCUGAUCGGUCUCAUUUUGCACAAAUCGACUAUUUGGCUAGAGGAAUACCAAACACUGGUUCAUACAGGUUUAAUCCUCCUUCAUUACAAAGGCAAACACUACUAAAAGUCAGUUUUCUUCAGGAAUUUCAAAAUUGUGCUGCAUUGGAACCGUAUUAUUUACCGGAUUGGAGGGACAAUUAUGGUGAGAACUGGGCGCUCGAUAUGUGUAUCGAAUGGUUCGAGUAUGAUGGAAAACGUCGAAAUUUUCAGAUUGAUCUCACGAAGGACACCCCAUGUCCGUGCAAAAUGUCACAGGCUGUUCUUGAUCUCGGUCGUUAUAUGCCGAUUAUGGAUUGUGACAAGGAUGGUGAUACUUCAUGUCCAGUUAACAAGGGCGCCCAACACUGUAUUCAAAGCGUUCAGCCAAGCUCCUUCGGUGCAUCACAACAAUGCUGCUAUGACUACGAAGGCUAUUUAAUGUUCACUGACGACUGGGAACCAGAUGGAGAUUACACGAGGUUUUUCCAACCAGGGACACCAGCUCGAGCUCACAAAUUCGGAGCACCGCCUUUCCGUCAGCCUCCUUUCAUUCCGACUAUGUCCAACUAUCAACUUGAUCUCAUGCCUUAUAGAACGUGCUGCACUUAUGCUCAACACUGUGAGUUCUACUACUGGCGUCGCAUGACUAACGGUUGUCAGGACUACAAAGCACCAGCUGCUGGGUAUAUGUAUGGCGAACCACAUGUCGUUACUUUUGAUGGAGUAAGGUACACAUUUCCUGGAAAAGGCUAUUUUGUUUUGGUUAUGAGCGAUGAUCCUACACAUAAAUUGAUGGUACAAGUACGACUUGAACAACCAGAUGACACUCCCUGGCACGCACAUGUUAACGCUACAGUAAUAACAGGGUUAGCUGUUCAGGAGAAUGACAGUUCUAUAGUACAGGUGAAAAACACAAUGAAAAUAAUUUUACAUGUUGAUCUACGGAACCCCCUACAGAACAUGGAUCAGUCAGAACUAAUAAUCAUGCUAAAAUCGGGCCUUGGCAUUAGAGUGCAGGAAAGCUAUGGAAUGUUGGAUGUCAUGGUCUCACUUCCACCCAGUUAUAAUACAACUUGCAAGCCGGGUGUAACCGCUUCUUCAUCGCUGAAUUCUAUAGAUGGCACACGACGAUGUUACACGACACUGGGCCUAUUAGGCGUUUACAACAAUGAUCCGAAUGACGACUUAACUUCAGUGACGGGUCAAGUGACACGGUCAACAGGUGAUACAUUUACUGCGGCUACAACACAGAUGAUAUAUGAGCAAUUUGGAUCUACAUGGAGAGUGGAUGGAAAGAACGAAAGGAUCGGCUCGGUGUUGUUUAGCGAACAGUUCAAGGCAAUCUAUAAUCCGCUUCUCUUUGCCAGUACUGACUACAAUCCGAUGUUUUGGCCACAAUUUCUAGAUUUAAACGCGUCCCGAAUCUUCACUAUGGAGGAGGUGACGAGCACAUGUCAAGGUAUUCCACAGUGUGAAUAUGACUAUAUUAUGACUGGUCGGAGAGAAAUUGGCCUUGCAACACUCCAGAAGCAGAAGAAUUUCCUUGCCAUACAAAGAAGUGGUUCAAAACAAUUGAUCUCUUGUGGUCCGUUACUGAAGAAAGAAGGCGUCAUCAAAACACCACCAGCUGCUAAUUAUUUAGAAGGCGAUAAGGUGACGUUCUCAUGCAAACCAAAAUAUUACAUUCACGGUGACAUUGAACGUACAUGUCACAAUGGAACAUGGUCCCCUGGCUGGUGGGCGUGGUGUCGAGGUAAGUCGAGAGAGAACUCGAUCACUUAA